CCGAUUUUCCGGUGUUUUACGUUCGUCCUUGUUUUUCCAUUCUUUUCUUUCCAUAUUUUUAACCAUUUCACACGCAAAGGACUGCUUCACUUGCCAUUCGGAAAGGGAGGCGCACUUUUGCUGCACCUCCCUUCAUCUAGCAUCUAGCGCUGUGCGUAAGGGAUAAACUGCAUCAAAUGAAAUACCUCUGUGAGCCAUCUGAGACAAGAGACAUAGUGAUAUAGUAAUGGAAGCGAAUCAAGCUACAUACGACAGCAAACACAUCAGGGUUCCGAAACGGCCGAACCACACUAUGCACGCGCCGUCAAACGCACACCGAUAAUGUAGCAAAGGAAAGAGGUAAAGGUUUAAGCAGCACGGAUAGUUAGAUCGACAGUUUUAUUUUUAAAAUAUUUGCGUUACUGUUGUUGACGUGAUUGAAACCGUUUCUACUCUCAAUCCUGCUCAACGGCCUCAACCCCGGGUGGUCAAUCCUGUUGAUACGGCCAACCGUUUAUACACUAGAACCACCACGUACAAUGCAAUAGGAAUGGAGUGCGGGAAGGGACGGCCUGUUACAAAAACCAACCACACAACUACAAUACUAAGACUAAGAUGGGUGCUAUUUUCUUACCGCGGGAGUAGGUUUUUUAUCACAGCAAACCAAACAAACAAUAGUAACAAGAGAACUCUUUCCUUUACUGCACACACCGUUUACGGCUGCCACUUCCACCUGAGCCUGCUGGUUCGGAUGGAUCGGGAUGAUAAUUAUGAGGUGUGUGUGUGUGUGUGUGUGCGUGUGUGUUUGUGCAUAUGGUGGUGCUGUGUGCUGGUGAGCGCUAUUUUGUAUUGAUAAGCAGACAAGAGCAGGAAGAAGUGUUUAUCACAAAGCAGAGCCAAUAGAGUAACCAAUUCCGAAAGGAUAAUCGUAGUGCAAUUGAGUUAUGAUCGCAAUAGAAACCAAGUUACAAUCUUAUUGCGUAUUCGUAUGUACACAAACAGACACACACUAACACAAACACACACACAUACACAAACAGAUACAAACACAGAAAACUAUACGCGCGUAAGUACAGAUCACUAACAACAAUAGUUAUGACCUACCCCCCUCCUGGAGAAGGACAGUGAUGGCAGCAGCGCUGUUUGCGCUCGGCUCCUCUUCUUAUAGGAUACACAAGAUAGAACAAUAUACAGUUGUUAUUUAGUACCUACAGUAUAUACAAUAAUAAUGCCAAUCUACACAAACAAGCAAACAGCAACAGGAACAUAGCACAGUUACAAAUCCUCUUACCAGAGGAACAAUAGUACAUGGAAGGAAACGACCUCAGCUACAGGAUAAACAAUCCUCUCUCUCUCGCUCUCUUUCUCUCCUUCACAUACACACACUAUCUGUCUCUCCACAGAGCACACGAUAGAGAGCGAGAGAGGGGACUGCAAUAGUUAAGUAAUGUUUAAAGUCACAAUAGAACAAAAAACCGGGGUUAAAUGGCUACAAGCAAAACCACAAUUUCCACCAGGAUGGACUUUUUUGUAUUUUUUCGGACCUGACCAACCAGCCGCCGGUCAAGUGCCUUGUUUUUUGUGCCGUUGAACACACCACUUCCUGUUUUCCCAUGUAAACACACGCACGCACACCAAAACCACACAAACGACAACUGUAAACCGAGAAACAAUCAGCACAAUAUGGCGUUAAGUCGGAGAUAAAGAAAGAGAGAGAGAGAAAAAAGAUGCAAAAAGGGUGGCUUAUAUGCAGGUGAGGCAAGUCCUGAUGUAUCUUUUGUGUUCGAUUCAGUUCACUCCAUACUUCCAAUGGGCAGCAUCGGCACAAAAGGUGUCGAGUACCAUUGCAGAAGGAACACACGCACGUUAAGGCUUAUUAUUGGUUGUUCUUUGUAUGAUACGCAUUUGCUUUGCUUACUAGUUUUAUCAUUGUAUAUCCGGUUUUAUUUUCUUCUCACUAGCAUUUACGAGAUGCGCAGAAUGCGAUCGAGCGCACUGACAGUGCGAUGACCGUACGUGGGUGGCAAAAUGGGUGGCACCCCGGAGGAGGUGUGCCAUGCAUGUAGAAAGAGGAAAUACGAGGUAGGAACGACAGCAUUUUGUCAACAAGCAGGGAGGGAAAGGAGUAAAAACCAUGAAGUAAUCAAGAGUUUUUGGAGGAGUGUGCCAUGCUUUUCAACGGGAUUACCAAAGCAACUAAAGAGACGAAGGAUACGAAAGAACUACAAACGAAAUUGUCAGACAAACAGAGAGAAUGGCGGAUGAAAAUAUUAGAAAGAUUAAAUGGAAGAAAAAAUAAAUGAAGGCAGAAACCCAUGUGGAAAACAGAGGAAGAGAACACUAAAACGUACAAGUUGUAACAGAAAUAGUAAGCAAGUAAUUAUACAAGCAGAGCAGAUAUGAUAAAUCUCGAAUUUAUACGGUUGGAUUAAUGAUGAUAGGAACCGCAACGGGGGAGGAGAGUGGGAACGAAACGAUGAAACAUCCAAUCCGAUAAUGGCGGUGGUAACAGAAAAAAAAGGUGGAUUAGAGUGUUGUAAUCCUAGGGCAGCGUGUAAUGGGCAUCGUGUACGAAGGGUUUUAAACCAUCUAGCAAUUAGUGGAAGCGCGCACGUGCUGUCGCUUCCUCCUACUUCCUGAACUUAGGGUAAACAUUUAAUACUGUUUUGUUUGAUGGCAUAGUUUACGCUUGAAUUUAUAUUAUUUCAUCGUUUUAUAAGUUUUUCUUCUUUUUCCACCUCCUGUUCUGUACUACUUUCCUUUCGAUUGUUUGAGGGAUCUACGCGUUAAGAUAUUUCUAAGGACAUCCGGUUACCCUAAUCGGUUGCCCACCCAAAGUUGUGACAUAUUGUACCGUGUAUCACUAGGUGUAAGCCAUAUCCGUCUGUGGUUUCGCGUGAAUCAAAUUUAGCAUUUUUUAGGCAAGCACUUGAAAGCAGGGCAAACAAAAAAGUAAAGUAAAGAAAAGUCAGCAUGUAAAUUUAACCUAAUUUGUUCUUCAUGGAACGCGUUCGGUACAAUUUGGUUCAUUUCACGGUCGGCUAUGCUAAAUUAUCAGAAGGGCUUCGAGCGGCACAAAAGGAUCUGACCGACAUUAGGGUAUGAGUAAGCGUGCAAGUCCAUAGCCACCAUGGACUCUGGUGAUACGAGUCAGCACCACAUGCUGAUGUGCAUUAUUUGAUUGAAGAUUUCGGUUUAUAAUACGAUCUCCCUGUUUUUAAUUCUUUCCUAACGAUCGUUGCUUUUCAUUUCUUUCAAUUACUACGGUCUAUUGCAUUAGUAAUGACUGCAUUGGUACAGGCAUUUUCUUCUUCUGGAUUUUCAAGAAACAGUUCCCUCUCAGCGAUGUUUUGGAUUGUGCAAUAGACGCUUUGUUGAUCUGUUGUAGGUUUUUCUCAUGAAUUACUGUUUGUUUUAUUUACACUAGGCACUUUUUGCAUGAGCAUUUUUCUUUGUUUUGAUGUAUUUUGUUUUUUUUUUGUAACGCCUUCACGAUACUUACGAUCGCUUUUUCUAAUGGUUUUAUUCUUCCGUUAGUAGCAUUUUCCUUGUAUGGUCACGUCAUAGCAAUGGGUGACUGAGCUAACCGGAUAACGGAGAAAUGAACCCAUUUUAGUGUGCAUAAAGUGCGCAAGCAAAGAAUGCAAAAGAACUGUGAUAACCAACAAACAAACGAACGAAAUAAAAAAAGAGUCAGAAGCAAAACAACCAACAAACAAUCAAACAAAAUUCAAGCGGACAGCUGCAAAUACAAGCAAACAAAAUAUGACGCAGAACCAACUCAUUUACGUCUGUUUGAAAUGGACAUAUGAAGAUGAGGUUGCAAAAUGAAAACCAUGCAAGUCAUAAAGAAAUUUCGAAAUCAUUGGUUUUAAUUUGUUUCGGUAAUAACACACAGAAACAAAAAAAGUACGAAGCAAAAAAGCACUGUCCAAAAAAUGGAACUAAACAAAACAAAACAUUGUCAAACACAUUGCUUGAAACUUUCGGCAGCUGAAAGGAGGCAAAAUUAAUGUUAGGUAUCUGAUGCGUGAUCAUAAAAUCUAAGAUGGAAAGGGGGCAAGUGAAGGAAGUCAGGAAUCAAGCUUGGAACUGAGGCGAACGAGCGGUACGCUGAAGACUCGAACGGGAGAGAAACAGACAAAACUGGUGAACGAAACUGUUUAGGUCAAAUGUUUAAUGAAAUUUUUUUUAAACAAAGAAAAAUUAUAUAUACAAAAACCAAGAGAUAGCUAUUUGGAAUGAGUCAGUGUCAAAAUUUUGACGUUCCGGAACCAAAAAUUAAAGAGAGAGUGAGCGAUGAAAGAGCGAAGGUGACAGCGAGUCGGAUAGUGAAUGAAAGUCAAAGAGAAUCGUUUUUGGCGCAAAAAAGAAAAAACCAAAAAGAAAUUAACAAACGAAAAUCGAAAUUAAACGUAAGCAGGAAAAAAAAACGUGCGAGAUUAAUCGCGAAAGAGGUUUGCUGGAUCAAGCAAACCGCGUUCCGAGACCGAGAGCUGUGUUUUUGGUUUAGUUUUCUGGGUGUAAAAAGAAGAGGGAGCAGAACGCGUCGCGUCGCGCGCGGAGGAUAUUGUUCUAGUAGCUAAAACAAGUAUGGCUGUGCUGUGUUCGAGCAACGAGCGAAGCAGCCCCUCUUUAGGAUUCUUUCUCAUUAAAUUUAGGCAUAAACGAAAAUGUUAACAUCCUCUCCUCGCUCAGUUUUAGGCAAAUCAAAAUUAAAGCUAUUGUACAACGCUACUCCUGCAACGCGGAUGGCGGAAUACCCGGGAUAAGUGGAGCUUUCGUCGGUCGAGGGGCUUCUAUAGAGGGAGGAAAAGGAAAUUUACAAAAUUCAUAUUGAACAAUACUCUCUUGCGACGUGGCUCUCACCUCUUCCGCCUUCGGUUGGUUAUUUCGGCAAAUUCAGGCAAUUUCAGGCGAAAAAGAAGUGUACUCUAGCGGAGCUAGAUAGUUAGAAAGGAAAGUGGUCGCAGGACGUUCUUUAGGUGUUGAAAUUAUCUAAAUUAAAACCCGUUUAGGCAAUGCAAAAUUAUUAUCUGUUUCUCUUUAUGCGAGAUCGCGGAACGUUUCAGCCACACCCAGGCCGGCGGCCAAGCGGAGCGAAAAGCGCAACCAAAAAGCGGUCACGCGAACACCAAUGGCGGGGUUCGCCACCGCCCCAAGACGCCAUCCUUUUCGCUACGAACGACCACCGCAACAUCCGGUGAUCGUAUUGGCCGUAUUCGUGCCAUAGAAGGAGAAUGGAUUGAUUUCGAGUUAACGAGUCCUAUUCCUACGUGCAAGGCUGUUGCAAGAUUUGGGUUUAAUGCAUCAUUUCGUUGGUUGGUAUCUGACACACACAGAAAGAGGGGGGGAAUCUCUGUUUCGUAAAUCGGGAAGCGGCUCGCUGUUCGACGCGUAGUUCCUCAUUAGUUGGAACUCUGCUAUCUGUUUUGUAUUCUUCUUUCAAUGUCAAUCACUUCGAGUUGGCGCUUUUGUUCAUUGCUUAUGUAUACGAAGCGUUAGUCUACCGGGUCCCGAUGAUCGCAAUGGGGUGAUGGGGUGAAAGGGAGGGGUGUUGAAGUUGGACGUCGGUAGUUUUGGACGAGGACGGACAGUCAGCCUGAUGCAAUUUAGACAGCUAAGUGUGCGAAGAUACGAUAUGCAGCUCCGCUACACGAUGCAAUAUGGAUUCGAGUAUUGCAAGACGUAUCGAUAGGUUACCUGUAAGUUAUGAUUUCGUUUACGUUCUUUUUAAGUUUCAUUGUUUCAACCUAGAUCUUAACUAUGGCUAGCGGCUCUAGCGAAUACGUUGUAUAAUAAACUUGAGAGGAAACCAUUAUACUUUAUUUUAUCGUUUGUUGCUUUUGUUUAAU